AUGCGUGACAAAGAAACAGUGAAGACUCCACAGGUGUGGUUGUUUGUUUAUGGCAAGUGGUGCUUAGUACAUGUAUUGUGAGUUAAGCGAACACACAGGUUUAGCACACGGGCACAGCUUACAUGUACCGUAUAGAUUUUUUAAGCUAGGACCUGGUACAUGUGUUUGUUAGAAUGGUGGAAAUAUUAAACCGGCCUCAGGUGGUGCAUACAUGAGAAAACGUGCACGGGAGGGAGUUUCUUACCUUGGUGACUUCCUGAUUUCAUAUAACAUUUUGGUUGUGCAUUAAGGGGCAUGUAUACACCCCCUGAAACUUCACUGUACAUGCACGUCUGCAUACAUGUACUUGUACAAAUGAAAAUCAGUUAUAUUAUCUUUCUUAUGUUUAUACAAUAUAUACACAUGUACAUGUAAUUACGUUUCUGUGAUCCAUGUAAUCCCUAAACAUUCAACCCAUUCAACUAAGCAGUGUGGCUUUGGAUACUUCAGAUCUACACUGGACGAUACAGGCCAUUACGGGAGCGGGAAAACCCAGUGGAAGCUGUUGAUGACUGCUUGGAAAAGAUUGAGGUGGAAAAGUUUGUUGCAGUCCACCUUGCCAAUUAUGAUAAAGUGCCAGUAAUUGGAAAGGUUCUGGAAGUAAGUGAAAGUAUCGUCAAGAUCCACUACUGGAAAGGAUCUUUUAUGGGGAAGUGGAGUCCACAAGAUGUGCCCAGAUGGCGGACGCCACGGAUUGAUGAGCUCCCCAAAACAGAAGACAACAAACUAUAG